UUCCUUCCUUCCUUCCUUCCUUCCUUCCUUCCUUACUUCCUUUUAUAUUUACUUUUUUUAUUUUUAGUAUUUUCACUAUUUUCACUAUCUAAUAAUGCCUCCGAGAUUAGAAGAAGAAAUUUCUGCCAAAGUUCUUGAUGCAGAAGAUCAAUUCCCACUUCCUCUUGAAGAACCUUAUCCUACCACAAAUAAACCCGUUAAGGUUCCUUUACCUUAUUAUAUUGAUGGUGGAAAGAUGAUACUUAAACCAUCAACUAAUCGUUUUUGGAAUUUUGCUAGUUGGUGCGCCAUAACUUCUUGCGUUUUUAUAUGUAAAUUUUUCUUAAAUUUUUGUUCUUCAACCACCGUUUAUAAUAAAGAACCUUUUUUGAAAGAAUUGAUGGAUCCUAAAAGAACUCGUCCAAUUUUGACCGUCGCAAAUCAUUUGUCUACGGUUGAUGAUCCGUUAAUCUGGGGAAGUUUACCAUUUGGUACUUUCCUAAGACUUUAUAGAGUCCGUUGGACUCUUGGUGCUCAAGAAAUAUGUUUUUCUACUCCAUUUCGUUCUAAAUUUUUUUCUCUUGGUCAAGUUGUUCCAACUGUUCGAGGUGCCGGAAUUUAUCAACCUGCAAUGAAUUUUGCAUUAGAUAGAUUGAAUGAAGGAAAGUGGGUUCACAUAUUUCCUGAAGGGAAAAUAAAUCAAACUGCUGAUUUGUUGCGAUUCAAAUGGGGAAUUGGUCGUUUAUUGAUGGAAUCAACUAACUUACCUAUAGUAGUUCCAAUAUGGCAUAAAGGUCUUGAAGAAAUUAUGCCAGAAGAUAGAGAUCGUCCAUGGGUACCAAAUUUCGGUAAAAAGAUUAUAAUUGUUUAUGGAAAUCCUAUAGAUUUUAAAGAUCUUUUAAUUGAUUAUCAUGAAGGUAGAGUUGAUGAAGUGACAACAAGGAUAAGCAUUACUGAUACGGUCUUUCGUGCCAUGGAUGAAUUACAGAAAACAGCUGAAUCUUUAGCUGGAAAAACAAAAAAUAAAACAUUAUGAUCGAAUCAUAUAAACAUAUAGAUAUAAUAAUAUAUAUAAAAUAUAUUGUUUUAUUUUUUAUUUUUAUUUUUUUUUUUUUUAGCUAAAUAAAAUAGAAUAUAUU